UAGUGAUGGAAAAACUUCAAAACAAACCAUGGACUUUUCAGAUUUCACAUUCGACGAGUUCAAGCAUCGAGUUUCUGAGCGCGUGUCCAACCCAGAUGUCACAAUGAGUAUCAUGAUAGCACUGUGUGUGGCAGUUGUAACAAUACUGGUUGUCCUCUUCUUUGGAGUAUGGAAGCUGCGUACCAAAGUGCUUCCAAGCCGGAGUGGUGUGCCUCGGAAACCUCGUUUCAGAAAGAGAGACAAAGUAUUGUUCUAUGGGCGCAAAAUGCUAAGGAAGGUAAGGAGUUUUACUAAAAAUACAGUGGGAGCAGCAUACUCUGGUCCUGGCCGAGGCAAACUGAAAAAUAAACAGUUAGUGAUGAAAUUAGCUAAAAGGUUACUACAGCUUCGAAACAGGAAUGCUUUACCACAGCGGAAACACACAGAGCCUCCACAAUCCUUCCUGGAAACAGACUCAUCAGAGAUAGAGGAGCCAGACCACCGUUUACCCCCAGAGGUCCUGUACAUGCUGCGUAGUACCAGAGUUUUUGGCCAUUUUGAAAAACCAUUAUUUCUGGAGCUUGUAAAGCACAUGGAGUCCAAAUUUAUAGCCCCCGGUGGUUACCUGUUUAAAAUCGGAGAUGUGGACGACAGUAUAUACGUAGUACAGAGUGGCAAGCUACAUGUCUAUAUAGCUGAGGCGGAAUCUGAAUAUUUUGUUAAAGAAGUGAACACUGGAGACAGUAUCCACAGUCUGCUCAGUAUUCUGGAUGUACUUACGGGCGUUUGCCAUGCCCAACCUUUUAAAACCGUUUCCGCAAAAGCUGUGGAAGAGACAACAGUAUUGAGAUUGCCUGCUCUUGCUUUCCAAUCCCUAUUCGAGCGAUUUCCAGAGUCUUUGGUCAGAAUUGUACAGAUAAUUAUGAUACGACUACAGCGAGUGACAUUUACUGCCCUACAUAACUACCUGGGCCUCAGUAACGAACUCAUCAGUCCAGCAAGCCACACUGAGGCGCGAACCCUCUCAAUCCACACCAUCACGCCGCACUCGAGUCCACAUAAACGCCAGACAAGUUUUACACCCUCCUCAUCAGCUGACAUGGAAACUAUGAAGGCUUCCUUCAUGGACGUGAGGAGACAACACUCUGAGGGCAGUGACGUGGAUAACCUAAAGUCUGACUUUGACACGGCGCGUAUGCGGGCUCGUGCACUCAGUGCAUCGUCCAAGGUAGAGAUUGAAGUAACACCAUCCAGUUCUACGUCUGUUCAGAGACACAAGGUCAAGAAAACAGACAUGCCUACAUCAACAUCAUCUCAGAACACCAACGAGGAGAUGGUCCUCAACCUGGCUAAGAAAGACUUAAUCACCCUUCUCAAACUUAAAGAUUCCACCAUAUUGGAUGACAAGGUGUACUUACAGUACAUCAAGGCUGGAACCACGCUGAUCAAACAGGGUGAUCAGGAUGCAAGUCUCAUUUUCCUCAUCACUGGAAAUUUGCUGAUUCUUCAACAAGUCGUUGGAGCUAAAGAAAAGGAGCAAGCCUUGUUGUUUUGUUCCCAGCCGGGAGAAAUGGUAGGAGCCCUGGCUGUGUUGACUGGAGAGCCAUCGUUCUUUACCAUCAGGUCAAAAACUGAUGUCCGCAUUGUCGUCAUCUCCAAAAAUGAUUUCUAUGAGAUAAUGCGGGUUCAGCCAGAUGUGGUCCUCAAUGUUGCUAAAACAACACUAGUGAGAAUGACACCAUUUGUACGACAAAUUGACUUUGCUCUCGACUGGAUGUUGACAGAGGCAGGGAAAGCACUAUUUAGACAGGGAGACCACUCCGACAGUAUAUAUAUUGUCCUCACUGGACGGUUUCGGUCCGUGAUCACUCAGAAGGACGGUAAGAAGGAGCUGGUAGCGGAGUAUGGCCGCGGGGAACUUGUUGGUAUCGUGGAGGUCCUCACAGACACUGAACGCACCACCACCAUGAUGGCCAUUCGAGACACUGAAUGUGCUAAACUACCAGCCGAGUUACUUAACUUGAUAAAGAGGAAGUAUCCACACAUUGUUACUCGACUCAUCCAUCUGCUAGGACAGAGAAUCCUGGGACAUUUACAGACAUCGCGUCAACAGGUCCCACUUGGAGCUAGCAUAUUUUUAGAUCCGCCAAAGCACCUGCUACCUCAGGACAGCGACACGCCCUCUCACAGUGCCGAUAAUCUGCAGAUAGUGGAGAACAGGUCGGUGAGUAAUCUGGCUACGGUGGCAGUCCUGCCUAUAUCAAAGGAUGUGCCAAUCUCAACGUUCACCCUGGAGCUCCAGAACGCCCUUAAAGCCAUAGGGCCUACAACCAGGCUGACCAGUCAAAUUGUGAAGUCCAGAAUGGGAGGGGCUGCACUGGACAGUAUCCAUGAAUUCCGCCUGUUUAACUGGCUGGGCCACCAGGAGGAUAUGCAUCGAAUGACCCUGUAUGAGUGUGACUAUACAAUGACGAAGUGGACAAAGAACUGUAUACGCCAGGCCGACUGUAUCCUCAUCGUGGGUCUGGCUGACAAUGACCCUGCAGUAGGAGAGGUGGAGAAACAGAUGGGGAAUAUCUCUGUGCGAGCCCAGAAGGAGCUUGUCUUGCUGCACAAGGAGGACGGAGAUAAACCCAAGGGCACGGUGGAGUGGCUAAAUGCCCGCGGCUGGUGCUCAUCCCAUCACCACAUCCGAUGUCCCAAACGUGUCUUCUCUAAACGCCCUGAAGACAAAAUUUUGGAGUUAUACAACAAACUAUUUGAGACUGAACCAGACAGACAGAGCGACUUUGGAAGACUGUCCAGAUUUCUCACCGGCACUUCCAUUGGUCUGGUCUUGGGAGGGGGAGGAGCCAGAGGACUGGCCCACAUAGGUAUGAUAAAGGCAAUGGUGGAGGCAGGCAUCCCCAUAGAUAUGGUUGGUGGCACCAGUAUGGGUUCCUUUAUAGGGGCCGUUUGGUGUGACGAGGUCAACAUAGCCAGGGUCACACAGAAGACCAGGGAAUGGUGUAAGGAAAUGACAUCAUUGUGGAAGAAGAUUGUAGAUCUGACAUAUCCAAUAGCAUCCAUGUUCUCAGGUAGGGCAUUUAACAGAUCAAUAGAGAUGGUGUUCACAGACCGACAGGUGGAAGACUUGUGGACGCCCUAUUUCUGCAUCAGUACUGAUAUCUCAACGUCAAAGAUGAAAGUCCAUACCACAGGAAGUCUUUGGCGAUAUGUGCGGGCCAGUAUGUCACUGUCGGGGUACAUGCCACCUCUGUGUGACCCUGUUGAUGGACAUCUUCUAUUGGACGGUGGAUAUGUCAAUAACUUGCCUGCUGAUGUGAUGAAGUCAAUGGGAGCCCAGUCUAUCUUUGCCGUGGAUGUUGGCAGUCAGGAUGAGACUUCCCUCACUAAUUAUGGAGAUGAUCUGUCUGGCUGGUGGUUACUAUGGAAACGCUGGAAUCCGUGGGCAGAACCUGUAAAGGUACCAGACAUGAAUGAGAUACAGUCCCGCCUGGCGUAUGUAUCAGGGGUACGGCAGCUGGAGAUGAUGAAGACCAGUGACUACUGUGAAUACAUUCGGCCACCUAUAGACAAGUUUGCCACCCUCCAGUUUGGCAGCUGCGAUGAAAUCAGUGAGGUAGGGUACCACCAUGGGCGGACUCUAUUUUCUGGCUGGGUCAAGGGAGGACUUGUGAAGCAGCUGUUUGAGGAGAAAUCCAAGGACAAGUCUUUUGGCAGCACAUCAAUGCUGAGACCUGAGGCGAACAUUCCAGUGAUGGCCAAAUUCACAGACUUGGCCGAGCUUGUGUCUAAGAUUGACGAGCCACAGCACCAUCUGUUGGCAGACUUCGAUGCACCAGACGAUGAAUACGAAGACGACGACAGUGAUGAUACUAACAGUUAUGAGGAUGAGUUGGUAGAGGAUGGAGAUGAGGAGUCCCUUGAUGACGAGGUCAUAGAGGAAAUUGUGCGUUCUCCCUCUAUGAUUCUUUCUCAGCCUGCAGCAGAAUCAAAGAAGAGUUCCACUAACUUGAAGAGGAGACCUGGUCAGGGCAAACAGAAUAAAUGAGCCAAACUUAACAAGUCUUUCAAGUGGAGCAUAUGUAAAACUUACCAUAUUAGCGUCAACUUUCUGUGUGACCAGUUUCCAUAUUGAUGUUGGCCUGUUUAACAUUUCCAUGUGACCAGUUUCCUUGCGAUGUUAAAUGUUUCCAAGUGACUAGCUAAUAUUUGGAUAUCAACUUAUUUGGAGUUCAACAUUUUUAUAUGAGCGUAUAAUUGUGGCAUUUUCCAAUCUGAUGUUUUAAUUAGCAAAUUGUUGUAUAGGAUCGUGAUUGGAAUCACACCAAGCAUAGCAACCCUGUUUGACGAGUGAUGUAUACUGUACAGUUGUUACAAUAUAACUGUUUCACCAUUUUGUGUAAGUGUGGCGCAAGGCUGAUCAGGUUUAAACAACUGAUUGCUGAUCUCAAGUAUGAACCCUCCAGGGUUACUGUGUGCUGUCCAUGCGUCCUUCUAAGUCAUGUACCGUACGUACAUGGAAUAUGUGAUACAAUGUUUUAUGUCUGUUUUUGUCAUUACAGUUGCUUCAGUUUACGAUUAUAUAUGAGUAUCCUCAUACAAGUAUUAGUGAGUAUGCAUUUUUGGGAGAAUUAUAUAAGAAACAAGUGCCUCAUCCUCUGUUCUGGGAUUCAAUAAAC